CAGAUCAUUGGUUUGGCAUUACACCUUCAUUGGAUCAUCGUUUUGACGUUGGAGUCCAUCCAGAUCUCAGCAGGUCAGCAGGUCAGCAGCGGCUGUGCUCAUCGAGCGCGGCAUGGCGUCCGAGCUAGCCAGCCUUGCACUGGUCUCGGCCGCCGUGGCCGCGGCCAUGGCCUACGCGCGCCUCGCCGCCUCGCGCUUGGGCCCCGGCCUCCCCCGCCUCGCCGCGCUCCUCCCGGUGCUCCUCCUCCUCCCCGUCCUCCCCUUCACCUUCUCCUCCAUCCACCUCCGCACCAUCUCCGCCUUCUUCCUCGUCUGGCUCUGCGGCUUCAAGCUUCUCCUCCUCGCCGCCGGCCACGGCCCGCUCCACCCGGCCCUCCCAGCCGUCCGCUUCGCCGCCUGCGCCGCGCUCCCCAUCAAUGUCCGGGACAGAGCGCAGGCCUCGCGGUCCCUCCCUCCAGGGUUCCUGCUGUCCUACGCGGCCAAGGCGGCCCUCUUCGCCGCGCUCGUCUCGCUCCGUGGCCUCCGGGCGAGGAUGCCGGCGUACGCCGUGGUCGCGUUCGACGGUGCGCACGUCUACCUGAUGCUCGAGCUCUUCCUGGCGUCCGCCGCGGCGUUCGCCCGGACGCUGCUCGGCGCGGAGCUGGAGCCGCAGUUCGACCGGCCGUACCUCGCCUCGUCCCUCCGCGACUUCUGGGGCCGCCGGUGGAACCUCAUGGUCCCCGGGGCGCUCCGGCCGAGCGUGUACCGCCCCGUGCGCGCCCGCCUCGGCUACUCCGCCGGCGUGCUCGCCACGUUCCUCGUGUCGGGCCUCAUGCACGAGGUCAUGUUCUACUACAUCACGCUGCAGGCCGGCACGGGGGAGGUGACCGCGUUCUUCGUCCUCCACGGCGCGUGCGUGGUGGCCGAGCGGUGGUGGGUGAGGCGGAGCGGCGCAUGGCGGCCGCCGCGCGUGGCGGCGACGGCGGCCACGCUGGCGUUCGUGACGGGGACCGCGUCCUGGCUCUUCUUCGCGCCCGUGAUACGGAGCGGGCUGGACAAGGCCAUCGUCGCCGAGUGCGAGGGCAUGCUGGCCUUGCUGGAGGCGGCUGUGCGGAGGCUGGCGGCACGCCUGGUUUGGACCUGAUGGUGUACCUCACGACGAACAUGGCGGCAGGCUGUACUUUGAGUUUGGCAGUUCCGCCAUGGUGAUUCCGAUCGAGUUUGGUUUACAAUCACGUCGUGGUCCGUAAAUCACGAUCGAUUUCGGCGCAUUUCCACAGAUGGGCAGAUUAGAAUCUCAUCUCGCGGCAGUACGCGAAUGCAUUUUGGUCAUGGGAUUGUCAUGUAGGAGUACUAGUGGUUGCUGUGGUGUGCACGCCGCACAAACGAGAGCAUCACAGGGCAAGAAAACAAGUUUCGUGAUCUCCUUCUCCAGGAAAGCAUAUUAUCGUUUCCCUUUUGACACCGGCAAGGGGUGCAAAGGCCCACCGGUGGGAAGUGGAUCCUCUAACAUCCUCAAGGGAUGUCACGAAGCUACAGUAAAAUGCAUGUGUGAAACGAAGAAGGGAUGUUAGGGUUACUGUAGCAACCACUAUGCGGAUUUACUGUAGCAUAUACAAAAAUAAAUCAAAAAUCAUUUUAUUA